ACGCCGCAGGUCACGUCGCGCGCGCAAAAAACCGCUCCGUUUUCUCAAAAUACGCUCGCGUACCGGCGUUUUCACCGUCGAAUCAGUGACCGAUCGGCUCAAGGGAAGUACCUUGACAUCGUUGACAACCGGUUCGUACGCGAGACCUCGAGACGCGGCGCCGAGACAGAUCGACUAACACGUACACGGUAACGUAUGAACGUCGCGCGCGAUCCAUCCGUUGGCCGACAUGUCGGAAGUUGGCCGCGAACGCAGUGACCGCGUGACGUCACGGACGUGACCAACCCCGCUUGUCGGCGCGCGAGGGAGAAAUCGAAGAUGGUCUCGCUCGCGCACGCAUGCUCCGAUCCGCGCGUGUGUGAAGUGUAGUUGUGUGUGUGUGUGUGUGUGUUCGGUCGCGCCUGCGAUAUUCGGAAGUCUCGAUUCACGGAAGUCACAACGGGACGGUUGGAGCGUAGUGGUGUUGUGCACAUUCUUACGACGGUGGUAGUGGUGGCCCCCGAUGUCGGUGGUGCGCGCGGUGGUUGAGAUAAGCAGUGCGGGGGACUGAGUGCGGCACGUAGACCGAGAUCUCGCGCUUCCCGUUCGGCUCUUGCGUCCGCGAACGCACAGUUCGCCGCAAGACACACUCCACGCGUCAAUCGUAGCGGCUCUCGCCCGAUGUGACACGCGAUGCUCAAGGAUCAUUCACCGAUCACUCAGGCGCUCCUCGGAACCCUGUUCACGUGCCUCACCGCGGCCGGCGCCGCGCUUGUCAUCGUCAUUCGAGGCAAACAGCGUAAGCUGCUCGAUGUCAGCCUGGGGUUCGCUGCCGGCGUGAUGGUGGCCGCAAGUUACUGGUCAUUGCUGGCACCAGCAAUCGAAAUGGCAACCGAGAGCAAGACAUAUGGAGCUGAGGGCGAGUACGCGUUCGUGCCGGUCGCAGUUGGAUUUCUCAUCGGCGCGGCAUUUGUAUACGGGACGGACGUGUUGAUAUCUACCCUCGGCAUUCAGUCCCCCAAUGUGCUUUUAGCUAUGCAAUCAGUCGGUACGAAACAAAGACGCAACAUUGCGAAACUAAAGAGUGACGAGGACUUAGACAAUGAUUAUGAUCCGUUGUUUAACGACGUACAAAUUUCCAGUGGAAAGAUGUACACUCGCGUCGAAUCGACCACUAUCGAUGGCUUCUACGAACAGAAUAGUAGACGUCGACAAAUCGCGAAUAUAAACAGAUCAUCGGAAUCAGCAGAGAUCGGAACAGUUUACGAGGAUCCUAAUAACGAAGCGAAGAAUAAUCAGUGGCGGAGGAUAUUACUACUCGUUGUUGCUAUUACGGUACAUAAUAUUCCUGAGGGUCUUGCAGUCGGUGUAGGCUUUGGAGCAGUCGGCAGUAGUGCAUCGGCGACUUUUGAAAAUGCCAGAAAUCUUGCGAUCGGGAUCGGAAUACAGAAUUUCCCGGAAGGCUUGGCGGUGUCUCUGCCCCUCCAGGCUGCCGGGAUUAGUACCCUGAAGAGUUUCUGGUACGGCCAGCUUUCGGGGAUGGUGGAACCUAUCGCCGGUGUGCUUGGUGCAGCCGGAGUGACGCUCGCCGCACCUGCGCUACCUUAUGCACUUGCCUUCGCUGCCGGUGCGAUGAUCUAUGUCGUGAUCGACGACAUCAUCCCGGAAGCGCAUCAAAGCGGAAACGGCAAACUCGCCAGUUGGGCAGCCAUCGUCGGUUUCCUGGUGAUGAUGUCUUUAGACGUUGGCCUAGGUUAAGGACGUCGUCCACAAAGUAGUCGCGUUCACAAAAGCACAGUCCAAUGCUUUUGCGAACGUGUAAAAAUUAUGUGUGGUAACAAGUGUUUACAGUCGUGGAGACAUGUUUCCUAGACUCGCGGUAUUUCAUCGGACAAUAGCAUGUUUUUUCGAAAGAGGCAAAAAUUAAGUGCUGCAAUGUUUCUUGACCUAUCUUUUUUUUAUUCGCUGGAGCACUCUCUUGCAUCCUUAAAGACUCAGGAGAAUUGAAUAGUAGUGAAAUAGAAAAUAUUGCCAAUCGAUACGUAUUUCCACAAUUCCUAACGUAUUCAUUGAAAUACAGACUUUAACGUAAGAAAUUAUUAUAUUGCUAAACACACUUUUUAUCACGCGGUAAUGAUUGCAUUUCCAUUAUCGUUACCACACAAAUACUUGUGUGACGACCAUUUUAUUAUAUUUAUAACAUCAGAAACCGAAUUUACCGAAUAUCAUUAAAUGUAUACUCGACUAGGUUCAAUUUCGAUAAAAUAUUGAUUAAGACGGAAAUAUUAGAUUGCGUUUUAAUCUUGAUUUGCUCGUUGUGAUUCGAUGUUCGAUUAAUGUGGUGGUAAAAGUUGAGUUGUUCAAAGUACAUUUUCUCAAAGCGGAAUAUUUCCUGCUUCUCUAAAAUGCAUUUCUCUCUGAAAACGUCUUCCCUGUAUCUAGUCUUCAGCGAUUGCAAAACUCAAGUAAAAUCGAAGACACAAUAGUUGGCGGACUUAAAAUCGAACAUCGAGCUCAAUGUCUUUCAGGAUUCACCGAAAUAAUUGCAAGAUCGAUGCAAUUGCGAAAAAUAACUAUCAGUAGGUAAAGCAAUUGAAAAAAUGCACAGCGUUGAGAACUGUCGAAAAAAAUUAAUUUUCUCAAAAUAUUUCUUUUAUCGAGAAUAUAAUAAUGAACAUCUCGCAAAGAUAUACGAAUGAAUAUUAAUUUCUUAUUUAAACAGAUUUAUGUAUAUAAAUAUUAUCUUACAAUUGUCAAUUGACAGGAUUAAUUAAAGCAUUAAUGGAAAUUGUUUAUCGAUUUCCUAUAUAAUGCAAUCUAUUAUUAUUGUGUUGUUUUUUGAUGUCUCAUUAUAUAAUAUUGCACUUUAGUUUUUUCAUUAUAUUGUGCUAUUAAAUGGAACCGUAAUAUUUGUUGUGCAAUAUAUUUUUAAAGAUUAAUAAUGUGUCCAUCGAUAUUAUUCAUUGCUCCAAUAAUACAAGCAUGUUAGUCUUCAAUCUCACAUGCUUGUAUUAUUACUCGGUCAAAUUCCGAAUGCUAUUAAUAUUAUGAGAUUUUGAUUGCAGUUUUUUCUCUAAUCAAUGAAUAAAAUUCGCUGCAAUCGUCUAUUCUAUUAUAUACUUUCGCGAUUCUUAAUUAUAAUUUAUAGAAUUAAAUGAACUUUAUGAAAGACUUAUUAUUGUCAUAUCUUUCUUUUUAACAAAAGUCUUUCUGGAAAAAGUAUGAAUUUCGUAAUAUUUUUCGUGAACACGAUACACACGUACGCAAUCAUUAACUACAUUUCUCAUACCUGGAAGGUACAAACCUUUACGCAUAUUUAUUGCGUUACAAUGUGCUCUUUCUAAUUAUACAGCACGCACAGUGCAAUUUUAUUAUAAUGACAUGGCGUUUACCCUGUAACAACGAGGUUGCUCCCAUUGACAUAAAAAUAGGCCACCUCGCGAAAUUGGAUAGACGCCUAUUAUGUUCUCCCCUUUCUUAAUACAUUUUUUCAACUUUCAAAACAUUCUUUAUUUUUCUUUAUUUUUAGUAACGAUAUUUACUUUUAAUACAAGACAUGUAUUAUGCACUGAUAGCAUAGAACGUGAUUUCAUGUUUUAAAAGUACGAAUAUUGUAAAUAUGUACGUUAUAUCGAUUUAAAAUUUCCUUUUAUUUAUCCUUAAUAUAGAACGUUGAUGUUUCUUAUUCUAAAAAUAUAUAGGUUUUCUCUUACACAGUAUAUAUAAUAUUUAUUUUUAAUAUGUGAUACGAGUACAUAAUAUUCUCUUUUUAUUAAAACGAUCGACACACAAGCCGGUAUUCGAGAUCGAUAUCUCACGCAUAUAUUCUCGUAAUAAUUGAAAAAUAUAUAAUAGAUUAAUCACUAGAUGUCUGGUUCUCGACGCUGUACAUUUAUAUAAGAUAUAAAGACUAUAUUUUGAUACACUGUCAAUAGAACUAAAGUAUUAGGAAUAUACGAGUGUGCCAACACUCACGUAUGUAUAAAAGAAGUCGUGACGUAAAAAGACAAGGUGAAACUUUGAUGUGUACUCUCAGUCAAAUUAAUAGCGAAGCUUUUUGACGCAGUCAGAAAUUGAUCCCAAACCAUGAGAAGCAAUAUACUUGCCAAUUAAUAUCGGUGCUCCGGUAUGAUAAUUAAUUUAGUUUUUCUUAAUUACGCACUUUGAUUGGGGAUCAAUUUUUGAUUGGCAAUUUUUUCCACGCUGUCGCUAUUAUAUGCGCAAUGUUACAUCUUGUUUCUUUUUAUCGUGCUUAUAUAGAAUUAUAAUUCUCGAAUAACUAUAGUUUUGUUAGAUAGAUCGUCUGGUUUCGUGGACAUCGAGAAGCAUCUCUCGCAUGAUAAUUUUUACUAAUGUCGAGAUUUGACAAGGACUGUCAUCUUCAGCAUGGAAUUAAUCUCAGUAUUAUUUGUAUAAUACUGAUAUUUCCAUGACUGACAUUUUAUAAGAUCACGAUUGUCAAUUUCGAAGUCAAUUGGGCUUCUUACUAAACAAUUUUUUUGUUAUUGCAUGAAUAUUAUUAUGGCGGAUUUUCUCGAGGAUCCGCGAUCCGGAUAAUCGGUUCCAUCAUUAGCAUUCAAAGAGCACACGGCGUACCACCGACACUCGGUUUAUAUUAAACCAGUGCGAGCAAGCAUCAGCCAAAGCUUCGAUGAUAGAAGCGAGGGUCGAUCAACGUUGACGGCACAACAUCACGUUGACGAUUACGACAUAUGCGCGAGCGAUGCUUUAGCAAAAUAUAUCCUCCGUAAUUAAUGAGGUAAUUAAUUACGUGGAUCAUGUGAUUAUAUCAUAUUGUACUUUAGACAUAGUUAGUACAGUCAAUUGUAAAAUUUGUGCAGAUAUAUUUCAGGUAAAUUGCUAAAAUUUACGCCUGCCUGCUGCUUUAUUAAUUUGGCGAUUAGUACUUGAUUGCAAGGAAUCUAUAUAUCAGCAAAAACGAUAACGAAUUAAUUAAAAGACCUUAAUCAUGAAUAUUUUAUAUUGGAUAUGGAAUUGCGUUGGCACACCGCGCGUAACGAAUUCUCUCUUCAGUUUUAUAACUGUAAACUACAUUAUGAAUCUUUUUCAAUUAAAUUACGUGCCUUCGUAACUUAAUUAGUAUUAUUCGUUUAAAUAGGAGUGUUAAGUAUUCGGAGAAUUGAUAAGGCGACGAUAUAAUUAUUGUUAUAUAAACUACUUGUUAUUUCGUCAUUAAAUUGAUAAUUCGUCCCGAAAUCUUUACACCUCGCAUAUUCAAGACAUAUUCAUCGCGAAUUCAACGUUGCGAUGUAAUGGUUUACAAAGGUAUGCAAUAAAAAUAAUACAUUAAAAUAUACGUAUA